AAGAGGGCCGUGCAGAUGAGCAGGACUACAAUGUAUUGACUGUGAGCAGCUUCCAACACAGCUCUUGCCUUCAUGGAUGCUGGGAGAGGGCCUUUCCCCUUCUGGGUGAUUGAUGCUGGCCUGCAUCAAGCAAGUGUCGGACAUGAUCUUUCCCUGGGAGGAAGUUAGUAGGUUUUUUGGAACAGCAUGACCAGAAUCAAGAUAAAAUGCAUCCAGCACAAGCUGGGCAAGCUGAGGCUGGGUCUCCCCGGUGCCGGUCCCGGGACAGAGGGGCUGGAGCUGCCAUGACGACGGGCGACUGCUGCCACCUCCCUGGCUCCCUGUGCGACUGCCCGGGCAGCGCUGCCCUCUCCAAGUCGGUGGAGGACUCGGACAUGGGCCGCCCGCAGUACAUCACCCAGGUCACCGCCAAGGACGGGCGGCUCCUCUCCACUGUCAUCAAGGCGCUGGGCGCCCAGAGUGAUGGUCCCAUCUGUCGAAUCUGUCAUGAAGGUGGAAAUGGGGAGGGACUGCUUUCCCCAUGUGACUGCACAGGAACACUGGGCACCGUGCACAAGAGCUGCCUGGAAAAAUGGUUAUCCUCCUCCAACACAAGUUACUGUGAGCUCUGCCACACAGAAUUUGUUGUAGAGAGAAGACCAAGACCUUUGACAGAGUGGCUGAAGGACCCCGGGCCCCGCAAUGAGAAGAGGACCCUUUUCUGUGACAUGGUGUGUUUCCUGUUCAUCACCCCGCUGGCGGCCAUCUCCGGCUGGCUGUGUCUGCGUGGGGCCCAGGACCACCUGCAGUUCAACAGCCGGCUGGAGGCCAUCGGACUCAUAGCACUCACUAUUGCACUUUUCACAAUCUACGUCCUCUGGACGCUGGUUUCGUUCCGCUACCACUGCCAGCUGUACUCGGAGUGGCGAAGGACCAACCAGAAAGUCCGCCUGAUGAUCCCAUCCUCGCGGAGCCCUCACCCCCUGCCCCACUCCCUCCUCUCCGCCAAGCUCAUGAAGAAGACUGCGGAUGAGACGACCGUCUGAGCCGGCCCAGGGGGAGGAGGGCUGUGUGUCCUCACGUGCCCGGGGAACGGGCAGCUGUGGGGGCACCGGGAAACAAUCAUCCCACACAAAGGGACUCUGCGGUCAGCACCUACUUUAGACUUUGUCAAACAGACAAAUAAUCAAUGUCUGUGUGUGAAGUGGCCCAAAAGAGCCCAGUGGCAGAAAAUGCCUCUCUGCAGGGACAUUUUCCCAUAACUAAAUACCAUACGUGGAAAAUAUCUCCCUCUCUCUAUAUAUAUCUAUAUAUAAUAUUAUUUUUUAAUGGCCAUGCAUAUUGUGUUUCAGUCCUUUUGUGUAGAUGUUCUAAGCUUCAGGAUAGAAGCCGGCAGCCUGAUCUCAUUCAGAGGUUAAAUCAAUGCCUUUUCUCCAAAUGAGCAUACAAAGAACACUUUUCAUCAUCCGUUCUUGAAAGGCCCCUUCUCCUUUGCACUAAAUUGGUUUUGAUAAUACUGCAGCAGCCUUCCCGUUACUCUUUGGUCUCUUUCAUGGUGUUCUGUCCUUUCUAGAAAGUUGAGUGUUUUUAAUAAUUAUUAUAAUCCCAGAAGGAGUAAAAUGA